AUGGACUCGGCGGUGCUGUACGCGGACGCCUUCUUCCUGGACGGCGAGCAGAGGCAUAAGGCCGGCCACGUCCCGACGACGGCGUCGGCAGCCGGGCCCAACCGUGCCAACAACGGUUGGGGCUUCGUCCUGAGACUCGGCGGGGCCGUGUUCUACGACCACGGCGUGGUACCGCCCUGGUUUUUCCGGAGUAAGUUCGAAUCACGGCAGGCGUUCAUCUACAUGCUCGAGAUAUUCGCCCAGGUGGUGGUGCUGGCGGCGUUCUCCACCCACCUGCCGGGCGCCGUGACCGCGUUCAUCGACAACACGGGGGCGAAUGUGGCCGACGCGGUGUCCGGGGACGAUUUUGCCAGGGCGGUCGACGACCUGCUCUAUGCGGUGGAUGGUGCGGCGGCUGACCUGCUGGCGUGCUCUACUGAGUGGUUUGGUGAGCCGGCGCCUGGUGGGGCUGUGUGCGCCGGGGCCGGGCGGCAAGAAGCCUUUUUGGUUGAAAGGGAGAGGGAGGAGCCUAUCCGGCCUGUCCCUACUCCAGAAGCGAUUGCCUUCGCCUUGUCCCAUGGCUUCGACACGGAGACUGCGGAGAUGUGGCUGUGGCGGCAGUCCGCUGAGUCAGGGAACGGCGGAGGCGAGAGCGAGGAGGAACCCACCGACGAAGAGGAGCCCCAGCGUCCUGAGCAUGGCGACGUCUCGUCAGAGGUCCGUGGCUCCCCUGUCUCGCAGCAGGCCUGGCAGGCGAUGGAGCUGCACAUGCAGGCGCAGGAGAAGAAGCUUUGCUCAGCUUCCAGAGCAUUGAAGAGAGCACGCUCGCAGGUCCAGCAGCUGACGGCACAGCUGAGCCUGAAGGACAUCGAGCGCGCCCGGCUGGAGACCCAGGUGGCUCAGUUCCGUACCCUCCUCGUGGAGAAGGAGCGCCGCCUCCACGGGGCCCUGGACGCCCUCGACGCAGCGGGCGCACCCAGCGUUGCAAGUGGCGGCGUGGCAUCAAGGCUUCAGGCGAAAGUGCUCCCGUGGAUCGAGUCCUUGGUGGCGGCACGGCUUCGGAGUGCUGGAAGGCAGCCUGUGGCCUUCGUGCGGGUAGACGCGCCUCUGCGCCAAGGCGGUGCCGGGCAAUCGCUGCUGGUGGAAUCGCACCGAUCCAUCCUUUGCCCCAGCUGGGAUCCGUGCACCUUCGUUCUGGAGCCAACCCUCACCGUCGAGGAGUUUACCUCGCGGAAGUUGCCCAAGUGGCGAGAGCUGACUACGGAGGAGAUCCUUUCCACCAAGGACCGGGAACUCCUAAAGCUGGACCGCGUGGAGACGGGUCCCCGCUACCACGUCUGGACGUUGAGCAAUGCGGCCUCUUUUUCGGCCUUAGCUUCUGCGCGCGACUGGACGGGUCUCUGGGAUCCGGCCGAGGAAGAGGUGCCUCCGGACCAUCUGAAGGAGGCAGAAGAGGGGUGCAUGCAGAGGGAGGCCUCGGCCCUCCUACUUCCACUCCAGAGUCCGGAAAGACCCCUCUACGUGACUGCCGAGAGAGGUGGCCUCGUCACUCUUUGGGACCUUCGCCAUCGCUGCGCCUGGCAGAGCUUCCGCAUGAGCGCGGAGGCAUCGCCUCGCCGCCGUUCCUUGGUUUCCGGGCGAGGAGAGGGCUCCCUCGGGCUGCGGGUUGCAGCUUUGGGGCCUGCAGGAGGAAGUCACUUCGCAGUCGCGGGGACCCUUCCAAGCGGAGCGCUGCUCUUUCAGCUCUUCGAAGUUCGAAGUGUCGGUCCCCAGCGUGUGCAGCAGCUGCAGCUGUCUCCGGUGGAGCUGCCCUGGCAUCAGUGGCCUCGCUGGCCUUGGGAAGAUCUCCAGCGGUCGAGCGUCGGCGUCUCCAUGGAUCCUGUGGAAGUUCGCUUCGUUUGUGCUGGCUCACAGGGCUCGACGCUUGUGGCCAUUGCUGCGGCGGAGGGCAGACCCGAAGUCGCGCUGAUGCUGGACUUGGAAGGAGGCUCCGUCAAGGUGAUCGACUUGUACCGCGGCGGGCCGCCGUCCAGGUCCAACUGGACAGACGAGGCCUUCUUCCCCAGGCUGAGGCCGCUGCAAGCGCCGCCAGCGCCGCCAGCGCCACCGGUUCCGCCGCCGGAAGCCGCUCCCCAAAGGGAGGCGGAGGCGGAGCCGAAGACGGAGAGGGACAGGCUGGUGAUGGCCACGAGCUUUGAGGGUCAGAGCUUCCAAGAGGACCGGAACCAGACUUCGGGAUUGCUGUGUUUGUGGAAGAGCAACCGGCUCUGCAUCUUGAGCUUCUCGGACUGGAGGGUCUAUGAUCAAAUGCUGCUGGGUGACUCUGCAUCAAGGCAGACGCGAAUGGACAUGCCCCUCUGCGCCGCCCUCCUCCCCAGCGAUGCCGGUAGCGGAGGCUGCAGCUUGGUGGUCUCCUAUGCCUCCAUGAUCAUACGAUGGUGGCAGGUGUCUCUACAUGGCAAGAUUCAGCAGGCUUGCCUGGUACUUCACCAUCCUGUGACUCAUUUGGCCGCGCAGAGCUGUGAGAAUAAGAGCUGGGCCAAAGGCAGGGCCAGGAGGGAGGCGGCGAGUCCAAGCACCGUCACCACUGGGCGGAGCUCCUCGAAAGCCGAGAGCCGUCAGAGCCGUGGCGGAAGCCGUGGCGGCAGCCGUGGCCGCAGUUCGGAGGGCCAGGAGGGCCACGCCUCGGAGCUCGGGUUGACGGAGAGCAGCGACCGCAUCCUUGUGGCAGCCAUGGACGAGACCCGGGCUGUGACACUCUUCCUCGGCCACGGCGCAACCAUCGAACGCGUCUACAGCGUGGACGCAACCUGGGGUAGCUCCAUCGUGGAUGGGAUUUGGAUCAUGGACACGCACUUCGCGCUCCUGCUGAGGAGUGGCGAGGUGCGGCACAUCGAGUUCGACUUCAACGGAGAGCUGAUGCAGAUUGGAGAGAUCUUCGCUCCUGACCGUACCUGA